AUGGUAGGACAGGGAAUGGCAUUUACCUUGCAUGUGGUUCACUGAAGGGCUUUGCUGGCUGCGUGUGCUACCGAAAGAGGAAGCAGGCAGUGGCACCAUCAGGGUAGGACUUGGGGGGGGGGGGAAGGUCCCAGACUCCACUAAGCAGAAUGAGCUGGUGGACCCCCAAAUGCAGUGGGGCUGGCUUGCCACAUUCUGAAGUAAGCAAAGUAAGAUUCAGCAUCCUCUGAAGAGCCUCUCUCCUGUAAGAUAUUUAAGUCUAUAUAGCCUGACCUAAUGGAAGUGAGAGCUGGACCAUAAAGAAGGCUGAUCGCCGAAGAAUUGAUGCUUUUGAAUUAUGGUGCUGAAGGAGACUCUUGAGAGUCCCAUGAACUGCAAGAAGAUCAAACCUAUCCAUUCUGAUGGAAAUCAGCCCUGAGUGCUCACUGGAAGGACAGAUCCUGAAGCUGAGGCUCCAGUACUUUGGCCACCUCAUGAGAAGAGAAGACUCCCUGGGAAAGACCCUGAUGUUGGGAAAGAUGGAGGGCACAAGGAGAAGGGGAUGACAGAGGACGAGAUGGUUGGAUAGUCUUCUCGAAGCUACCAGCAUGAGUUUGACCAAACUGCGGGAGGCAGUGGAAGACAGGAGUGCCUGGCGUGCUCUGGUCCAUGGGGUCACGAAGAGUCGGACACGACUAAACGACUAAACAACACAGCCUAACCUAACUACAUCAGCGGGUUGGACUUGUCAACAUGCAGAGGGCCGGGAGGCAAGCCUCUGCUGGGUCAUUCCCUUCCAACCAUCCCGCUGCAAAGACCAUCAACUCUGCUCCGAUGUAAAUCAGCGACCUGCGCUUUAGAGCCAGGGCACACUAUCAGCAGAUCGAACUGCGCACACAGAAUAGGCGUGAGGCUUGUGGAAGCAUUCUACAGCUAAAGAUUUAUUAAUCAUAAAUCAGGACAAAGAAACAUGUCGUCUCUCUCUCAUGUCGUCUCAGAGAGAACAGCUAAAAGCAAAAACUAUACACACAACGGAAUUUCCCAGCAUACUGUGCUGGAAUGUAAACAGACAUGUGACACAUGGCAAUCCCAUGUCUGUUCCUUAAGGUGGAAUGGAAAUGUCAACAGGACUAACGACAACGUUGACUGGUUGGACGAUGGAUACAGAAGAAUGGUGGGAGGAAGCAGCUGGGGAACCCCCAAGGGAAGAAGGCUCAGUACCAGGGGAUUGGUGGUAGGAUGUCAAUGAGUGGUCAGAGGGAGAAGACUGGGAGGAGGAGUUGGAAACUGAAGAGGUAACGGGGAGAAUCUGCAGAAAACUGAAGUGCAGAAGCAGAAGCAGGGAAGAUGAGAGGCCAAGAGGCAGAGAUGAGUCAGGCUGCUGAAGGAGCAUGGGGAUCUCCCCUCCUGCUGUGACAAGCUCCCCUCCCUCCUGGUCUCCCAGGACCAGGAGAGGCAUGAAGCGGAAGGAGCAAAGGCAGGUAUGCUGGCAUAGUCUCAUAUUGCUUGGAAAACCCCCCGGAAGGGGAAUAGACUUAGGUGACUGUGGGAAGGUGGGGAACUUUAGUUUCUGCAACUGCCUCAUAUGGGGAGGGGGGGCAAGACCUACCUGCUCAUUAGGCCCAGUAUGCCUGUGUGGAUCCCGCAUUUCUAAUAAGGAGAUAAUUUCACCCACUCUGUGUGAUUUGCUGCAGGCUCGCUUCUGACAAUGAGCUGGCUCUGCGUGCCAUUGGCUCUGGUUCCACCUGCUGGCAGUCUCCCCAUCUUCUACAUCCCCCUCCCUUGCAGUGGAGUCAGCAUUCUGGAACCCCGGAACUGGUUUUGAAUCUUUGCUGUUGGCCUGCUGGAAGGCUGAAUCCUCUUAAACCAGAAAAAAAGAUAAGGUUAGCUGGAGGAGGCUAGGCAUGGAUGCCAGCCUUGUGGAGGCCUUGAACUGGGAGAAUCUGCCUCCAUAGCUUAUUCAUUCCAGAGGAUGCCAUGUUGUUUUGGGGAGUGACUGAGUGGUUUGGGUGGCAGGUGCUAGAGGGCAGGUUUACUGCGGGGGUGGGGGAUCCUUGUGCCUCUCCAGGUGUGGUUGGAUUCCUGCUCCCAUCAGCUGUAGUCAGUAGGGCCAAUAGCUAGGGAUGGUGAGCCUAGGGCUUGCCGAUUAGAAGGUUGGCAGUUCGAACCCCCGCAAUGGGGUGAGCGCCUGUUGCUCGGUCCCAACUCCUGCCAACCUAGCAGUUCGAAAGCAUGUCAAAGUGCAAGUAGAUAAAUAGGUACUGCUCCAGCAGGAAGGUAAACGGCGUUUCCGUGUGCUGCUCUGGUUCGCCAGAAGCGGCUUAGUCAUGCUGGCCACAUGACCCGGAAGCUGUACACCGACUCCCUUGGCCAAUAAAGCGAGAUGAGCGCCGCAACCCCAGAGUCAUUCGCGACUGAACUGUCAGGGAUCCUUUACCUUUACCUUUUUUUAACCUCUCUCUCUUUUUUUUGCCAAUAAAUUUUUAUUAGUUUUCCAUACAAUUAUACAUUUUAUACCAAAUUUUAACAAAUCAUCUCUUUUUGAACUUCCUUCAGCGUCUCUGACAAUCAUCCAUAUUUAUAUCCUAAAAAUCCUUUUUUUAACCUCUCAAUGGCCACAGGUUUCCUAUCCUUACCUAGCUAUGUGUACUAUUAUGAAUUUGGUUACUAGUUCCCAGUUCCGUACUUGCACAAAUGUUCAAAAAAGAGCUCAGUCAGUAGACUUUUUGAAAGGAACUAAGGUUUAUGGGGUGGCCCAAAGCUUAUCAUGGAGUGCACUCUCCUCCAAUCCUUCUUUGUAAGUGCCAUCUGGGCUCAUCAUGUACCAAUUGGUGUUGCAGGGGCCCCCCCAGUUUGACUGGAGUAUUACUGCGGAUCUCCAAAGGGGCAUGGGAUGUUUGUGUUAUUGAGAUAGAUUAAAGCUUAUUUUGGGGUGCAGGGGCAUAUAAACUUCAGUUCCUUUUUAGGUUUCCAUUUGUGCAGGGAAGGACCUGGGAAUCAACUGUAAGGCUGCAUCUAGACCCAUCAAAAAAAGCCUUUCAGGAAACGUGUUGUAAACUUCAUUAAGGGAAAUCACGCUGGCGAAAGACAGGACUCCACAGAGCCAUCUGGUGUCACAGUGCUAGAACUCAUAUAAAGCACAUUUUCUUCACUAAUGUAGCUGAGUCCCAGCUCCAAUAUUGCUGUGGUUAUCUUCUUUUCACAGAAUAACCGGAUCAUAGAAUUGUAGAGUUGGAAGAGACCACAAGGGUAAUCUAAUCCAACCUCCUACCAUGCAGGAAUCUAUUCCAAAGCUCAAAUCCACAACCCUGAGAUUGGGAGUCUCUUUCUCUACCAACUGAACGACAAGGUUCUUUGAUAGACCCUUUGUCCUGUUCCAAGGAAUACGCCUUAUUCCACGGCCGAUGGCUUGUCCAUCUCGCCCAGUCCAGAAGCUAUGGGAAGUUGUUCAACUAAAACUCCCAUCAGCUCCAGCCACAGUCAGCCAAUAGCCAGGGAUGAUAGGAGUUGCGGUUUAACGACAUCUGGAGGUCCAAAGGUUCCUCACACCUGUAGCAUGAUCUGCUCCAGGGUUUCCCAAACCUAGGGUCUCCAGCUGUUUGGGGGACUACAACUCCCAUCAUCCCUCACCACUGGUCCUGCUAGCUAUGGAUGAUGGGAGUUGUAGUAUAAACAACUGCUGGAGACCAAAGUUUGGGAAACAAGGUUUGGUGAGCAGUGGCUCACCGGGGUCUUCAGACAGAGAGGUCUAUCGGCUAUCUGAGCUUUUUUUAACUGGAGGUGCCAGGUUUGGAAACUGGGGCACUGGGCGCUCCAGUACCCUGUGAUUGAAGGACUGGAGCACGUGUUAAAGUAAAUUUGCCCUGAUUGCAGGAGCCAGACUUGAGUUAAGCUGCUGCUUUGAAGCAUGUUUAAAAGUCCUUAUUACCCUGUCUUAGAACAGUCCUUAUUACCCUGCUGAGGAAGAGUACAGAUCAAAACGUGUUGGGAAUAAAAAACAAUCCAUGCAGCUGGUUUCUUUCUGUGCAAGCCCUGACUGCCCUCCCCAUGGCAAUUGAUCCUCCUCCCUGCAAUGUAAAUGUCUCCCAACAUGAUGUCCCUGAUCUAUAUGGAGAACAGGAGUGGAUGAAUCCGUCCAUUUUGGUUUUUCUCAUUUUUCAGUCUUCAAUCCAGGUUGCCACACUUCCCCAUAGGUUUACAAAACUGUAAAACAAAAUAAAAAGUCACAGUGCCGAUUCCUCAGCAUUCUAGUGCAGAUCUCUCUUAAUAGACACAUGCAUAUUUAUGUACGUUAUGAAUUUUGCCCAAUGUACACAUAUUUUUUUUUGCAAGCGAUUUCCACUGAUAUACUGUAAUGCAUUCCUGUAUGUCGCUGUCACGCGAAUAUCUGCAUUUGUAUGAAAGCUUUCCCCCAACAGACACAUUUUGCGGCUGGAGGACUGCAUCACAAAAUUUGGAGAGGUGAGGCUUUCAAAGGGUGGCUGGAUUUUGGCUCACGUUAUUGUUUGGACGGGGUGGGGGUGCAAAUCGGGGCGUUUGGCUUCGUGAUUUAAAAUGCAAACUGUGCCGAAUUUCUUUAACAGGCGAAUCCUUCUAAAUGUGAAAUGGGGAGAGGGGAGAUCAGUUCCUGGGAUGAGGCUGUGUUUGCCCACAGGCUCCCCAGGGCGAAACAUAACGACAUGUAUGGCUGCUUCAAAAUGCCCGGGAUAACGUCAGAAAAGUCUCAGUGUACUUCCAUCUCAGCUUCUUAUUCUUCCUUGUAAAAUGAGAUGAUUCCAACUAAUUUAUCAGGGCUGCUUUGGGGAAGGCAAAAAUAAAAAAGGUAACAUAAGAACACAAGAAGAAACCUGCUGGCUAAGACCAAAGCCGCAGCUAGCCAUUAUUAUUAUUAUUAUUAUUAUUAUUAUUAUUAUUCCGGUACUCCAUAGCAGGGUGCCUCUAAUCCCAGAGCCAGCAUUUAGUCAUCAUGCCUAGCAGCUAUUCAUAUUUUCCUUCCACAUAUGCUUGCCUUAAUGCCCUUUCCAAGGCCAAGUAAGCUUAGUGACCACUGCUGCCUCUUGUGGCAGAGAGUUCCAUAAGUUAAUCUGUGCAGUUGCUUAUUUAAAAUGUGGCAUGAAACCCAGCGGUUUAUUAUGGCAGAUACGGGAGUGGUGUUCGACCAGUCUGCCCUUUGCCAGCCUCCUCCUGCCUGCUUUCUUUCUUUCUUUUUCCCUCCUGCCUGCUGUCUUAAACCCUAGCUAGGAUGGCUGAAACCGACUGUCAGCUUCCUUCUCCUUAGUCUGUGUUUUGCCUUUGCAGAACUCAGUAGGGGCUGGAUCUACACUGACUGUAAAAACGCUUAAAAAAAGAGAAAUAUACAGCUCUCAAUGCAAUUUUACAUUGAUGGUUUUACAUUGCUCUACAGCGCCCUCUGGUGUCACAUGCUUAAAACACAUUUAUUUCAAAUGACCAGUAUAGGAUGAGGAUUGAGAUAAAAUGAGAAUCAGUUAGCUCUGCCUGUCACUCGCUCUCUGGCGCCACCUACUGUUGGCCUUCCUUGCCUUUUGCACAACCAAGUCCCUUCUCUCUCCUUGCCUGGAAGUGCAAACACCAGACAGCCAUGCAAUUGCCACAAAACUAACCAACCAGUUGUGUAAACUGCUUUGAGGUUUUUACAGUCAAGCAGUGUGUAAGUUUUAUGAAAUAAAUAAAAUAAACAAACCCACUGCACGCCAACCGCCGCUGGUUACAUCAAUGCAAUAAUUCAUUUGGGGGUGGGAAUUGAGAGAUUCCUUCUUCAUUUUAGAAUCUAAAAGGUGUCGAAGGCACAACUGCUCUUUCUCCAUAUGCAAAAGCCACAGCAUUGGGGGGGGGCGGACUGGGGAGGUCACAUUUUGGUUAUUGCCAAGCAGGCUUAACCCAUGUUGCUUUCCCCUGUUCCCUAGGAUGCAAGAAGACGAGAAUGAAGGGGCUAAAUUGCGUUCCAGUUCCGGCAUCCAGUGGGAGCCAAGUAAGGGUCACGAGACACAUGAAACACCACUAUUAGGAACACAGGAAACAGCUGUAUACCAUCUAGCUAAAUGCCGUCUGCAUUGACUGGCAACAGGUUCCAAGAUUUCAGGCAGAGGUCAUCCUCAGGCCUGCUUGAAGACAUAACCCCCAACCGAUGAAAACAGAGGCAUCCUAUUCCACAACAAUAAUAAUUUUACUAUUUGUACCCUGCCCAUCUGACUGGAUUUCCCCAGCCACUCUGGGUGGCUUCCAACAUAUAUAAAAAUGUAAUAAAACAUUAAACAUCAAAAAACGUCCCUUCAGAUGGCUCAGGAGUCGCAUAACUCCAUAACAUGUCAGGAGUUCAGCCUACACUUGAGUAGGACCCUGGCAGAGACACAUGCCUGACUGGCAUGUUCCCUCCCUCCUGGUCGAUCGUUCGGGAGCUUCAUAAGUUUUCUUCUGCCCAAACAUCACAGCGACCGAUGCCAACCGACUUAGGGAUCCGCAAAGUCUUCUCAGCAUUGCAUGACGGACCUCAGCAACUCAGCAUUUUGGCUAAUCUACUUUAUUUACAUGUAAACACACACGGAGCACUGCAACAUGGCUCACUCUCUCUCUAGCAUCAGAUAGCAAAGAGAAAAAGAGCAAAGGACAAUAGUCCCACUUCACGGAACACAGUAACACAAACAUCCUGUCUCCGUCACUUCCUACUCUGUGGAGUCAAAACAUACACCGUCAUAUGAAAGACAAAAAUCCCAUGACUGCAAUCAUGGAGCAGGAAUUCUAACAUAAUCUCCAUCAUUUCUCUGAUGAAAGUAGGGACGUCUUAAGGGAAAGCGGGACAUUCUGGGAUCAAAUCAGAAACCAGGACGGCUUCUGCAAAUCCGGGACUGUCCCUGGAAAAUAGGGAGACUUGGUCUGCACAGAUUGAACCUUCUAAAUGGAAAUGAGAUUCCCUACCACUAAGCCACAGCCCAUCCCCAUUCUUGGCCUCCGUGAGCAUUGGGGGCUUCAGCUGACAAAGCCCUGCUCACAUUCCUUCUCCCUGCCGCUUUCCCUGCAGCACCCCAUCGGAAGAAGAUGCUGAUGCUGCCAACGCUGGCUUUUAACAUAAUUAUCCAGUCCUAAACACAGUAGAGUUUGAACCCGCGCCAGGAAAAAUGUAGCAGUGAAAUGAGGAGGAGGAGGAAGGGAGCUGAGGGGUGGGAAGCACAGCCAGGAGUGAGGCAGGAGAAGGCUCAGGCUGAUGCUGGAACUCAAUUCUGCAAGCAUCUAGUGCAGGGAUGGGGAACCAGCGGGCAACCAGGCACUGCUGGACCACAGUUCCCAUCGUCCCUGAGUUAUACUGGCUGGGGCAGGUAGUUCAAGUUGUUUGGAGAGCACCAUAUUGGCUAUAGCCGGUUUGAUCUAUAGAAUGGGGAGAUAAAGUUGGGGGCAGUGUGUGUGUGUGUGUGUCGGAGAAAAUAGCCUGGUUACCUGAAUCCCAGAUUUAGCUCCUUCCCCUCCUGGUCCUGAGAAGGGGGCUAAAACCCCGAGACUUCAGUCAAGCCCUGAGACUCGAUAGCCCAACUACAGAACCAGGUACACACAUGCACGACUAUAGCAGGAGGGAUUUCCAGCAAUAAAACGAUAGGCCGUUUUAUUGUACAGACCUUGCGUAGAUGUGUGUGGAUCUCCUGCCUGUUUUAUCUUAAUGUAACCCUCUAUGGGGCUGGUAUGGCAAGGGAAGGCUGGGUAAAUUAAUAAUAAUAAUAAACAAGCAAACAGAUGCAACAAAUGUGUAAUGAAAUGUUGUGGAUGCAUUGCAUCCCUUAGUUAACAACAACAACAACGACAACAAUUUAUUUAUACCCUGCCCAUCUGGCUGGAUUUCCCUAGUCACCCUAGGCAGCUCCCAACAGAAUAUUAAAAACACAACUAAACAUCACAGAUUAAAAACUUCCCUAAACAGGGCUGCCUUCUAAAAUCUUCUAAAAGUCCGAUAGUUGUUUAUUUCCUUGACUUCUGGUGGGAGGGCGUUCCCGAGGGCAGGUGCCACUACUGAGAAGGCCCUCUGCCUGGUUCCCUGUAACCUCACUUCUCGCAGGGAGGGAACCACCAGAAGGCCCUCGGAGCUGGACCUCAGUGUCCAGGCUGAAUGAUGGGGGUGGAGACUGGGCCGAGGCCAUUUAGGGCUUUAAAGGUCAGUACCAACACUUUGAACUGUGCUCAGAAACAUACUGGGAGCCAAUGCAGGUCUUUCAUGCUGCCCAUAUGUGAUUUUUUAUGAUGAUCCUUAUCAUUUCUUUUUCCUUCUGCAGCCCUUCUUCUGCCGGAAAGCGAGACUGAAGAGGGAACCUCUUGUCUGUUCCUUGACUUGGAACAGCACUGUCCCCCGCCACGUAAAACCUCGUAAGCACUAUUUACGUCAGUGUUCUCCUGGGUCAUAAGAAUGUAAUUUCCAGGGACAGGGUUAUCCAGCUUUGGUGUCCUCUGAAGGAGAGAAUACUGAAGGCUCAGGAUAUAUUUCCAAAUAAACUAGGCUUUAUUUCACCCGGGUCAAAGUUCCAGUUUGGCACACCUCCCCACGUGCAUUUGUGUACGUACACACACACAGAGACACACACACACAGGCCCCCUCUGGAGGCUUCACCUGGGGCAAAAAAACUUGCUAGCCCCUGCUCCCCACCAGAGCUACAGCUCUGCCUUAAGAGGUGUCGAGAGACAAUGAACAAGUUUCCAAAAUAUGUAGUAGAUAGCUAAGAUAAAACCAAUCAACAGUGUGGUGUAGAGAUUUCAGCUUUCUUUCUCCCUCCCCACACUUCCCCUCCACAGGCGUCAAUACUUGAAGCGGAUCAUUGCAGAAUAUGAGGCACUGGACAUGGAAAUCCCGUGUAUUCGCAAGUUCCCCAAGCCACCAGCUGCCCGGCCCCUUUGCCUCUGUCUGGAGAGUCCGGUCAGUCUUCAGGAAGGAAUCAUUUGGCUGGUGGGAGGUGGGAGGAACAGACUGGGGGUGUGGAAUCUCUGGGCCGCUGGGACCAUAUAACACUGGUCCUGAAAGGCUUACCAUUGGCUCUCAGUAUGUUUCCAAGCACAAUUCAAAGUGUUGGUGCUGACCUUUAAAGCCCUAAAUGGCCUUGGCCCAGUAUACCUGAAGGAGCGUCUCCACCCCAUCAUUCUGCCCGGACACUGAGGUCCAGCGCCGAGGGCCUUCUGGCGGUUCCCUCCCUGCGAGAAGUGAAGGUACAGGGAACCAGACAGAGGGCCUUCUCGGUAGUGGCACACGCCCUGUGGAACGCCCUCCCAUCACAUGUCAACGAAAUAAACAACUACAGUGGAACCUCAGUUUUUGAACGUCAUCCGUUCCGGAAGACCGUUCGGCUUCUGAAAAGUUCGAAAACCGAGAAUCAAAGAGCUGGGUGCAAAGUCAAUGGGGAAAAAAUGAAAAAUGCACAUUGGAAGAUGUUCGGCUUCUGAAAAUUGUUUGAAAACGGAAGCAUUCACUUCCAGGUUGUUGGUGUUCGGGUUCCAAAUUGUUCAGCUUCUGAAGCGUUAGACAACCGAGGUUCCACUGUAUCUGACUUUAAGAAGACAUCUGAGGGCAGGCCUGUUUAGGGAAGUUUUUGAAUGUUUUACUGUGUGUAUGUUGGAAGCUGCCCAGAGUGGCUGGGGCAACCCAGUUAGAUGGGUGGGGUACAAAUCAAGAAAGACAAUAUUGCUGUCACAUGACUGUCACAUGUAAGAUGAAGCAAGCUUAUUUUCGUCUGUUCUGGAGGGUAGGACUCGAACAAUGGCUUUGAGUUACAAGGUAGGAGAUUCUGACUAAACAGCAAGAAGAACUUUCUGACAGUUAGAGCUGUUAGACAGUGGAAUGGUCUCCCUCGGGAGGAUGUGGACUCUCCUUCCUUUUAAGCAGAGGCUGGAUGACCAUCUGUCAUGGAUGCUUUAUAAAGCCAAGAUUCCUGCAUUGCAGGGGGUUGGACUAGAUGACCCUGGGGGUCAUUUCCAAUUCUUAAAUCGUGGUGCCCAGAAUACAAUAUCUUACGCAAAAGAGUGCAGUGCAGAGUUUAAUGUAACUGAGGACCCUGAAAGAAAGACUGGCUUAGCUGUACAUGUCCUGUUUCCUAGACUUCCUUUAAGAAGGUUGCUGGCACCUCAUAGUGAGUGGUCAGAGUGGAUGACUUGGGAUUCUCCCUUUGCCUUUUAGCCUGAAAAGGAGAUGAACCAUGCAGAGGUCCUGGCAGCAGUAGAGGAAGCCAUUCCAGAUGCGUUUGAGUCAGGACUCCUGCGCAGCAUCCAGUUUGAGAACAUCAAUGUGAUCUGCGGGACGGCUGGACGGAAGAACAGGUUAGACCAGGGGUCAGCAAAGUUUUUCAGCAGGGGGCCGGUCCACUGUCCCUCAGACCUUGUGGGGGGCCGGACUAUAUUUUUUUGGGGGGGAAUGAAUGAAUUCCUAUGCCCCACAAAUAACCCAGAGAUGCAUUUUAAAUAAAAGCACACAUUCUACUCAUGUAAAAACACGCUGAUUCUCGGACCGUCCGUGGGCCGGAUUUAGAAGGUAAUUGGGCCACAUCCGGCCCCUGGGCCUUAGUUUGCAUACCCAUGGGUUAGGCAAUUUUACUGUUUAUAUCCUGCCCAUCUGACUGGAUUGCCUCAGCCAUUCUGGGUGGCUUCCAACAUAUAUAAACAUAAUAAAACAUUAAACAUUUUUUUUAAAGUCUUCCCUAUAUAGCCGGCUCAGGAGUCAGAUAACUCCAUACCCUCCAACAUUUCUCUGAUGCAAAUAGAGACGUCCUAAGGAAAAGCGGGACAUUCUGGGAUCAAAUUGGGAACCAGGACGGCUUCUCUAAAUUAGGGACUGUCUCUGGAAAAUAGGGACACUUGGAGGGUCUGUAGUUGUUAGGGUGUGCAUUGUUGUAUGCAGCUCUUGAUGUGUGUGUGUGUGUGUUUUUUAAGGAAGUUGCAGUCCACAAGUAUUUUUUAUUAAAUAAAUAAGAGUACAAACACCUCCCCCUUCCUUAUCUCCCCACACAGGUGGCUGAUCACAGUGUCAGACUUCCGGACGCGGAACCAGCUCCUGUGUUCAGGACUGACUUUGGGUGAAAACCACUUCGUACUGCGCCGUUGGGACGAUUUGGUGAUGGAGGACUAUCGCAUGCACCUCCGGAGGGCCCUCGCACGCCAACGCCUGCUGGACACCCUUAGUGACAACUGGGACGGGAACCAGUUGGAUGGGAUAUGA